GCAUGCUACCUCCUAAUUCCCCGGCCCCAAGGAUCACUGCUGUGAGCUAAUGAGCUAUCUCACCACAUCCUUCAGGACUCUACGUGGUUAAAAGGGUGCAUAGAAGAGACUGCCAGGAGGAUGGGGCUGCCACGUCCAGCUCUGCGCUCUUCCCCUCCAAGAUGUUGGGCUGCUUGAGUGUCCAGUGUGCCUUUUUCUCUUACUUAGGACACCUCGGUGAGCGCUGUGGGCUAUGGGAUGGGUGAGGUGCAGCAGGACCAGCAUGAGGCCCGACUCAAGGAGCUGUUUGACAGUUUUGACACCAUGGGAACUGGGUCUCUGGGACAGGAGGAGCUCACCGACCUUUGUCACAUGCUGAGCUUGGAGGAUGUGGCCCCCGUGCUGCAAGAGACACUGCUUCAGGACAACCUCUUGGGCAGGGUACAUUUUGACCAAUUUAAGGAAGCAUUAAUACUGAUCUUGUCUAGAACUCUGUCCAAUGAAGAGCACUUUCAAGAACCAGACUGCUCGCUGGAAGCUCAGCCCAAAUAUGUGAGAGGCGGGAAGCGUUAUGGACGCCGGUCUUUGCCUGAGUUUCAGGAGUCCGUGGAAGAGUUCGCAGAGGUGACGGUGAUCGAGCCACUAGAUGAAGAAGCACAGUCGGCACCCACCCCAGCGGAUGACUGCCAUGAGCACUGGAAAACGCAGCACAGUGAGGAGUAUGAAGCAGAAGGCCAGCUAGGGUUUUGGAAUCCAGAUGACUUGAAUGCCUCACAGAGUGGGUCCUGCCCUCCCCAAGACUGGAUAGAAGAGAAACUGCAAGAGGUGUGUGAAGACCUGGGGAUCACCCGCGAUGGUCACCUGAACCGGAAGAAGCUGGUCUCCAUCUGCGAGCAGUAUGGUUUGCAGAACGUCGAUGGAGAGGCGCUUGAAGAAGUAUUUAGUCAUCUUGAUCCUGACGGUACAAUGAGUGUCGAAGACUUUUUCUAUGGUUUGUUUAAAAGUGGAAAAGCCCUCGCACCCUCGGCCUCUACUCCAUAUAGACAACUAAAGCGGCACCUCUCCAUGCAGUCUUUCGAUGAGAGUGGGCGUCGAACCAUGACACCAUCAGCAAUGACAAGCACCAUCGGCUUCCGAGUCUUCUCCUGCCUGGAUGAUGGGAUGGGCCACGCAUCUGUGGAGAGGAUACUGGACACCUGGCAGGAAGAGGGCAUUGAGAACAGCCAGGAGAUCCUGAAGGCCUUGGAUUUCAGCCUUGAUGGAAAUAUCAACUUGACAGAGUUGACACUGGCUCUGGAAAAUGAGCUGUUGGUCACCAAGAACAGCAUUCACCAGGCAGCUGUGGCCAGCUUCAAGGCUGAGAUUCGACAUCUGCUGGAACGAGUGGACCAAGUGGUCAGAGAAAAAGAGAAGCUACGGUCAGACCUGGACAAAGCGGAGAAGCUCAAGUCUCUGAUGGCUUCAGAGGUGGACGAUCACCAUGCCGCCAUCGAGCGGCGGAAUGAGUGCAACCUCAGGAAACUGGAUGAAGAAUACAAAGAGCGAAUAGCAGCCUUAAAGAAUGAACUCCGGAAAGAAAGAGAACAGAUCCUGCAGCAGGUGGGCAAGCAGCGUGUGGAACUAGAGCAGGAAAUUGAGAAGGCCAAAACAGAAGAGAACUAUAUCCGAGACAGCCUGGCCCUCUCUCUAAAGGAAAACUGUCGUCUGGAAAAGGAGCUACUGGAAAAUGCAGAGAAGUUGGAAGAGUAUGAGAAUCUGACAAAUAAGCUUCAGCGCAGUUUGGAAAAUGUGUUAGCAGAAAAGUUUGGUGACCUCGAUCCCAGCAGUGCUGAAUUCUUUCUACAGGAAGAGAAGCUGACGCAAAUGAGAAACGAGUUUGAACAGCAGUGCAGGGUAUUACAAGACCAAGUGGAUGAACUCCAGUCUGAGCUACAAGAAUAUCGUUCACAAGGCAAAGUGCUCAGGCUUCCCUUGAAGAACUCACUGUCAGAAGAACUUGAUGUUGCCAGCAGUGGCAUUGAGCCUGACCAAGAGCUUGCCUCGGGAGAAUGCAAUGCGCUGAAUAUGAGCAUCGAGGCGGAGCUGGUCAUUGAGCAGAUGAAGGAGCAGCACCACAGGGACCUGUGUCGCCUCCGGCUGGAGCUUGAAGAUAAAGUGCGCCACUAUGAAACACAGCUGGAUGAAACCAGGGCCACCUUUGCAACAGAGCAGGAGACCAUGAAGCAGAAGUAUGAGCAUGGUGUGCACACCUUGGAAAAACAAAUAAGUGACCUUAGAAGUGAAAUCGCAGACCUUCAAGGGCAGGCAGUGGUGCUGAAGGAGGCUCACCAUGAAGCCAGCCGCAGGCACCAGGAGGAGAAGAAACAACUCCAGAUGGAGUUUGAUGAAGAGAAGACUUGCUUGCGGGAACAGCUGCGGCUGGAGCAUGAGCUAGAGCUCAAGGCCAAGCUAGAGCAGGCAGAGGAAAGCUUUCGCCAGGAGUGGGAAGGCUUCGCUCAAAGCAGUGCCUGGACAGAGGAGAAGGUGAGAGGCUUGACUGAGGGUCUGGAGCAGUCUUACCAGGAGCAGCUGCAGAGCCUGGUAGAGAAGCAUGCCCUGGAGAAGGAGGAGCUGAGGCGAGAGCUCUGGGAACAGCAUCAGAGGGCACUUCAAGAGGGAAGGGAAAAAAUGGAAACAGAGUGUAAUAGAAGAGCCUCUCAGAUAGAAGCCCAGUUUCAGGCUGACUGUCAGCAAGCCACCGAGAGGUGUGAACACGCCCUGCAAAGCCUGGAGGGGUGCCACCGCCAAGAGCUGAAGGAGCUCAUGGAACAGCGGCUGGAGGAGAGAUCCCAGUGGGAGUUUGAGAAGGAUGAGCUCACCCAGGAGUGCGCAGAAGCCCAGGAACUGCUCAGAGAGGCUCUUCAGAGAGAGAAAGCAACUUCUGUGGCCCUGAACCAGGAGAGGGAGAUGCUAGAGGAAACAUACAAAGAACAUCUGAACAGCAUGGUCAUUGAAAGAGACCAGCUGCUCCAAGACCUGGAAGACCUACGGAACAUGUCUGAGAGCCAGCAAAGCCUCCUCUCCAAGCAGAUACUUGAGUUGAGGAGCAGCCAUGAACGAGAACUGAGGGAGCGAGAGCAGGUCCUGUCUCAGGCAGGGGCCUCAGAGCAACUGGCCAGCCAACGGCUUGAGAAGCUGCAGCUAGAGCGGGAUGAGGAGAGGCAAGAAAUGAUGGGCAAGCUUCUGGCCAUGGAGAAUGCCCACAGAGUGGCCUGUGAGAAGGCAGAUCGAGAGAAGGCCGAGCUGAGCGCAGAAAUCUGCAGACUGAGGGAUAAAAUAACGGACAUGCAGCAAGCAGCUUCUCUCUCAGGGCUUCAGGGUGGCUGCCAGGUGAUGGCAGGGGUGGAGGUGGAAGGUGAUGAAGCUAUGUCCCUGCUUCAGCAAGGGGAACAGCUGUUGGAAGAAAAUGGAGAUGUCCUCGUCAGCCUGCAGAGAGCUCACGAACAUGCAGUGAAGGAAAAUGCAAAGAUGGCUACCGAAAUUGCUAGACUGCAACAGAGGUUGCAGAAAUUAGAGCCAGGGUCCGCGGGGCCAUCUUGCUUAGAGGAGUCAAUGACAGAGAUGUCGCAGCGAGUGGAACUUGCAGGUGCCAGACACAUCCUAACUGACCUGAGAGAUCAUGAGGUCCAGGACAUGCAAAGUACAGGGACGAGUUCCACUCAGAGACAGAUCAAAACCGGAGACUCCGAAACUUCCCUAGAGUGUUUCUCCGAGUUUGAAAACAGUGAAGACACCAGGACCGAAUCCUGGGAUCUGAAGAAUCAGGUCAGUCAGCUUCGGGAGCAACUGGCGAUCUUGCGUGCAGACUGCGCACGGGCUUCCGAGAAGAAGCAGGACUUGCUCUUUGACGUUUCUGUACUGAAAAAGAAACUGAAGAUGCUGGAGCGAGUCCCCGAGUCUUCUUCCCAGUAUCAGCUGUUAUACGAAGAUGCUGCUCGAGAGAAUGACUGCCUGCAGGAUGAGCUGAGAGUGAUGGAGACACGCUAUGACAAGGCCAUCGCUGGCAACAAGGAACUCACCGCAGAGGUCCUCAGGCUGCAGGAUGAGCUGAAGAGAAUGGAGGAGGUAGCUGAAACAUUCCUGAGCCUGGAAAAGAGUUACGAUGAGGUCAAAACAGAAAACAAGGAGCUGAGUGUUCUGGUUUUGAGACUUGAAGGGAAGAUGGCCAGGCUGCUGGAAAGAGCCACCCUGCAGUGUGACAGCCAAUCGUGGGAAGCCCCUGUGGAAAACCUGGAGGUGGAUCCUAAUGCAGAGGUGCUUGAGUUCACUCAGACUCGGGAAGAGCGUGUGCCCAAGGUCACAAGCAUGCACCAUAUUGUAGAAAAAUGUAAACAAGAAGCCCAGUGCUGUGAGCAGGGAGGUACACAGCUCUUGGCCAGAAUAAAAGCCCCUGAACUUGCCUGGGUCCACAGGACAAUUCAUACACGUCCAGAGAAGCCCGGAGUGCAAAAUCAAGUUAUGCUGGAUGAAAAUAUCGCUGUCCUAGACCUUGAAGACACGCAUCUCCAGCGUCAGGUCACGAUAGCAGAGUUAGAACUGGAGAAACAGAAGCUGCAGGAGCUGACUAGAAAGCUGAGGGAACGAGUCACUACUUUAGUUAAGCAGAAAGAUAUGCCUUCUCCAGGAGAGAAGGAGGAAGAGCUGAAGGCAAUGAUGCAUGACUUGCAGAUCACUUGCAGUGAGAUGCAGCAGAAGGUUGAACUUCUGAGAUAUGAAUCUGAAAAGCUUCAAGAGGAAAAUUCUAUUUUGAGAAAUGAAAUUACUACUUUAAAUGAAGAAGACAACAUCUCUACCCUGAAAUUAGAGAAAUUAAAUGCAUCUCAGGAAGAACUGUGGCAAAACAUAGAAACGGUAAAACAGGAAAAAGCUGCAAUUCAGAAAAUGGUGGAAAAUUUAAAGAAACAGGUUUCAGAUUUAAAACUCAAAAACCAACAGUUGGAUUCAGAAAAUACAGAGCUCAGCCAAAAGAACUCCCAAAGCCAGGAAGAACUGCAAGAACUCAAUCAACGCCUAGCAGAAAUGCUGCACCAGAGGGAGAAAGGGCCUGGAAGUAAUCUCUUUGAGAAGUGGGAGCAAGAAAACUCCAGUCUAAAAGAAGAGCUGGAACGCUGUAGAAUGCAGUCCUCUACUUUGGUGACCUCCCUGGAGGAAGAACUUUCUGAAAUUAAACUCCAGACCCACAUCGUGGAACAAGAGAAUCUCCUUCUCAAAGAUGAACUGGAGAAAAUGAAACAACUGCAGCACUGUCCUGAUCUCUGUGAAUUCCGGCAAAAGCUUUCUAGCGUUCUAAGCUACAAUGAAAAACUGCUCAAAGAAAAAGAAGCACUAAGUGAAGAAUUAAAUAGCUAUGUGGAUAAGUUGGCAAAAUCAAGCCUUUUGGAGCACAAAAUUGCUACAAUGAAGCAGGAACAGAAGUCUUGGGAGCAACAGAGUAAGAACUUAAAGUCGCAGCUGGCAGCUUCUCAGGAAAAGGUUCAGCAUUUGGAAGAUACCCUGCAGAACGUAAAUCAUCAAAUGUCCCAAAUUAAAGCUGACCUCCGAGUGACUCGGCAAGAAAAGGAGGCUUUAAAACAAGAAGUGAUGUCUUUGCACAAAGAACUUCAGAAUGCUGGUGACAAGACCCAGGCCUCAGAAACAGCCACCCAUCCAUCGAGGCUGCAUAACCAGCAGACAAGGCUAUCAUGGGACAAGUUGGACCAUCUGAUGAAUGAGGAACAGCAGCUGCUUUGGCAAGAAAAUGAAAGACUCCAGGCUGUGGUGCAGAAUACCAAAACAGAGCUCACACACUCCCGGGAGAAGGUUCGACAGCUGGAAUCCAACCUUCUUCCCACCAAGCACCACAAACAUCUAAACCCACCAGGUACUGUGAAACCCACAGAGCAAGAAAAGCUGACCUUAAAGAGAGAGUGUGAGCAGUUUCAGAAAGAACAACCUCCUAGUAACCGGAAGGUCAGUCAGAUGAGUUCCCCUGAGCGAGAACUAGAAACAAUUCACUUGGAAAAUGAAGGCCUGAAAAAGAAACAAGUGAAGCUAGAUGAGAAGCUGAUCAUGGAGAUGCAGCCGCUGAGGUCCACUGUGAUGCGUAGCCCCUCCUCCCACUGGGAUCUGCCGCUGCUCCAGCAGCAGGCCUGUUCGAUGGUGCCUAGGGAGCAGUUUCUGCAGCUUCAACAGCAGCUGCUGCAGGCAGAACGGAGAAGCCAGCGCCUGCAGGAAGAACUGGACAACAGGACCUCCGAAACCAGCACACCACAGGGAAGCCAGGAGCACCUAGUAACUGUCAUGGAGGAACGAAUGAUAGAAGUUGAACAGAAACUUAAACUGGUGAAACGGCUUCUUCAAGAGAAAGUGAAUCAGCUUAAAGAACAACUCUGCAAGAACACGAAAGCAGACUCCAUGGUGAAGGAUUUGUAUGUUGAAAAUGCCCAGUUGUUGAAAGCUCUGGAAAUGACUGAACAGAGACAGAAAACAGCAGAGAAGAAAAAUUACCUCCUAGAAGAGAAGAUUGCCAGCCUCAGUACAAUUGUCAGGAACCUGACACCUGCCCCGCUGACUUCCACGCCGCCUUUGAGGUCAUAGCCAUACCGAAGGGUGUGCUGGCAUCUGCGCACUUUACUGAAGCUGACGGAAUGUUUCCACAGGCUCUCAGCUCUCUUUCCAUAAAACCUGCAGAGACUUAAAGCCAAGCCUAACCAAAAUCUAGCAGCAACAGGAUCAGCAUCUCCAAAUAGGUGUUUCUAGGAAUUCCACAUAAUCACAUAUUUUACUAUUUAAAUUAUUCACAAACUUUGAAUUGAUUUUUUUUAAGGUAUUCUAAGAAUGGGUACACAAAAAGUUA